GGGGCGGCGGGCGAGCCCGCAGGGAGGAUGAGCCCAGCAGCCCACUGAUGCCAGCAUGUAAGUGCCCGCUUCCCGCGCUCGGAUUCCUCUGAAGGGGCAGGGUCUUUUCCUACGCCCCCUUCCAGCUGGUGGGGAGCGAAACGGCGCCGCUCGUCCGGCGGCCGGAUGCACAGGACCCCCAGCCGGUGAGCAGUCAUGCACGCUCUCCAAGCCUGCCCUGUGCAGCGCGCUUUCCAGGCAAAGCCCCCACCCCCCAGCCCGGUCCCUUGAGCUGCCUCUUGCUCGGGACCCCGAGAGAAGAUAGCUUGUGGUGUCGCGGCUGCCUUCCCAGCACGUCCCUCCGGAGGAUGUCCCAUGCGAAUGAAAUGUGGUGUUAUCAUUGGAAAUGGAAGCUUCAGAACUUUCUGUACUUGUUUACUACAUACAUUAUAUGGAUGCAGCAGUCAGUUCUUGGAUGUUACGACUGUAGGGUAGCACUGACCAAUCCCACUGGAAUGUUCAGCUCUCCAUGCUUUCCCAGUGAUUACCCCAACACCCAAACGUGCAAGUGGACCAUCCAAGCUCCUCGGGGAUACAUCAUUCAGAUAACAUUUAUUGACUUUGACAUUGAAGAAGCUCCAAACUGCAUUUAUGAUUCACUGACAUUGGACACUGGAGGACACGAGGUUAAAUUUUGUGGUGUCACUGCCAAAGGAUUGUCCUUUAACUCGACUGGAAAUGAAAUGAUUGUGUCUUUUACAAGUGACUUUAGUAUCCAAAAGAGAGGCUUCAAUGCAAGCUAUACCCGAGUUGCUGUGUCUCUGAGAAAUCAAAAAAUCGUCAUCCCCCAGACCUCUGGUGCAGAAACCGUGUCUAUGGCAAAAACUGUCUCAAUACCAGAUCUUAGACAAUUCACACUCUGCUUUGAAGCAACCAAAGCCAUCAAUGAUGACAAUGAUGAUUGGAAGGCUUUCUCCUACAGUGAUUCUUUGUCAAAAGAGUGCCUCAGUUUUGGGAAGACCACAAAAGGCCAUUUACUAUUUAUCUCAGGCAUAGAAUGCAUGUUAGAAGAUGCCCUGGACAAAAAUCCAGCUGGAGACUUUUUUACAGGAACAUUUGAACAACUCUGCAUUGUAUGGGAUGGCUUUUCUGGCAGUCUAGGUAUAAAUGCAAAGAACACCUAUCGUACAAUUUACUGCCCAGAUACCUUUCAAAAGAUUAUUCCAAGGAAUGGGAACCUAGUGUUGGGCUCUGACAGAGAUGAAAUAAGCUCUCUAAAUGGAGACAUUUACAAUUUUCGUCUUUGGAAUUUCACCAUGAAUUCCCAAACACUGUCCAAUCUCAGCUGUGAUGUGCCAGGGAACAUUAUAGACUGGGAAAAUGAGUUCUGGAGUAUCCCAAAAUCAGCACUGAAAGCAGAAAACAAUUUAAGUUGUGGCUCGUACUUAGUUCCCACACCUAUAACUGAACCAACCAGUUGUGCAAAUCUGGGAAGCCUUUGCCAAGCUACUGUAAAUGCUACUACUCCUACACCACCCACUGUCACCACUAACAUGCCCGAUACUAAUAGAACCGAUAAGCCAAACAAUGGUGGGCUGUUCUACAGGAUUUCUAUUACUGUCUACAGUUCCAACAUUGACUCAAAGUCAGAAGUACAGAAUGUGGUGGCAAAAUGGCUAAAUCAAACCUUCCAGAAGUGGAAUUAUACUGUGUUUGUGGUCAAUAUCAGUAUUCAGUCAAGCACUGUGACAGAAGGGAUGAAGGAGAAAAGAAGCAUUGGUGGUCAAAGUUUUGUGGUCAGGGCUCUUCUUGUUUACAACUCUACCAACAACAUCGACUUAGAAGAGGAAGCCAUCCGGGAGAAACUCAUAAGCAAUAAUAACACCAUAGGGGAUGGAUUAAGGCUUCAGACAGUAGAUGUUAAUCCAGUAGAAAAAUGUUUAGCUGAAGAAAACCCUCCAAAUUAUUUCUGGCCAGAUACCAGGCCCAUGGUGACCAACUUCACAUUUUGCCAAGGGAGCUCCACUCAGAUAGCAUCAAGAAUGUGCGAUUUAGAUCCAUACAAUUAUACAUCAUAUUGGAAUCCACCUAAUCUUAGAAACUGCACAGAAAAUGCAGCUGAUAUAGCCAAUCAGCUUCUGAAUCUCACUGGUGAAGGACAGCAGCUGACCUCAGACAAAGUAAAUGAUGUAGUUCAGAAGCUCAAAAAAAUUGUGAAUGAUGAAGACAUUGAUGAAUCUUUGGGUUCCACGGUGGUGACCAUUUUUUCCAAUAUUCUCACCAGUUCAGACAGUGUUUUGGCUGCAUCAUCUUCUGAAGCUCUAAAAACAAUUGAUGCCUUAGCCUUAAAGAUUCAGUUCACUGGGCCAUCUAUGAGUAUUUCUACUCAGAAUCUAGCUCUUGGAGUUUCUUCCAUGAACUCAACUUCAUUCAGAGGUUCUUCCUUCAGUGUUGGUUCUCAGAACAAUGCUUCAGAUUUUCAGAUAGAUUUUGACAAGCAUCAGUCAAAUGCCCUGGCUUCCAUUUUUCUACCAUCAAGUUUACUGAGGAAUUUAAGUCAAGAUGAGCUUGAAGCUGUUUCCAGGGCUCAGUUUACUUUUUUCAAUAAAAAUGGACUUUUUCAGGAUGUAGAAAGCCAUGCCAACUUAACAAGCUUUGUGGUGGCAUGCAGUAUUGGGAACAUUACCAUCCGGGACCUCCAGGAAAAGGUCACGCUUACAAUUAAACACACCAAAAUUCAGGAGAAUCCUAGUCCUAUCUGUGUCUUCUGGGAUAUGAACAAAAACAAUGGUCAAGGCGGUUGGAAUGCUACAGGCUGCAUUGCACAAAAAUCAAAUGAGAAUGAGACAGUUUGCUUAUGCAAUCAUCUUACACAUUUUGGGGUACUCAUGGACCUCCAGGGAACAGCUUCAAAAAUAGAUUCACAAAAUACCAAAGUCCUCACCUUCAUCACCUACAUUGGUUGUGGAAUAUCUGCCAUAUUUUCAGCUGCAACUCUUCUGACAUACAUUGCUUUCGAGAAGCUACGAAGAGAUUAUCCCUCUAAAAUCUUAAUGAAUUUGAGCACAGCCCUGCUCUUUCUUAAUCUGUCCUUCUUGCUUGAUGGUUGGAUUGCAUCAUUCAACAUAGAUGGUCUGUGCAUUGCCAUCGCUGCCCUCCUGCAUUUUUUCCUUCUGGCCACAUUUACAUGGAUGGGACUGGAAGCUGUUCACAUGUACAUUGCUCUAGUAAAAGUAUUCAACACCUACAUUCGGCGAUACAUACUGAAAUUUUGCAUCAUUGGCUGGGGUUUACCUGCUCUAGUGGUGGCAAUUGUUUUAGCCAGCACAAAUACAAGUGCAGGUCGUAUCUAUGGGAAACAAUUAUAUGGCAGAGAUGCUAAGGGGCAAGGAGGAGAUGAUUUCUGCUGGAUCAAAGAUGGCACUGUCUUUUAUGUGACUUGUGCUGGCUACUUCGGAAUCAUGUUUCUUAUGAACAUCGCCAUGUUUAUUGUGGUGAUGGUGCAGAUCUGUGGAAGAAAUGGGAAGAGAACAAAUCGAACCUUGCGGGAAGAGAUCCUGAGGAAUCUCCGUAGUGUGAUCAGCCUGACUUUCCUAUUGGGCAUGACAUGGGGCUUUGCCUUUUUUGCUUGGGGCCCCUUAAAUCUCCCUUUCAUGUACCUCUUCUCAAUUUUCAAUUCUUUGCAAGGUUUAUUUAUAUUUAUAUUCCACUGUGCUAUGAAAGAAAAUGUGCAGAAACAAUGGAGGAGACAUCUCUGCUGUGGCAGAUUCCGGCUGGCAGACAACUCAGACUGGAGCAAGACAGCAACAAAUAUUAUAAAGAAAAGUUCGGACAAUCUGGGGAAAUCCUUAUCCUCUAGUUCUAUUGCCUCCAACUCAACUUACUUGACAUCCAAAUCUAAAUCCACCUCGAACACAUACUUCAAAAGAAACAGCCACACAGAUAAUAUUUUCACUGAGAAGCCCUCAUCAAAAUUUUCCCCAAUGGAUGGAGAACAGACAUCAAUCAUCCCUGUCCAUCAGGUUAUUGACAAGGUCAAGGGGUACUGCAAUGCUCACUCUGACAAUUUCUAUAAAAACAUUAUCAUGUCAGAUACCUUCAGCCACAGCACAAAGUUCUAACUGGUUUCUGAACUUCUGAACCAAAGAAAGAGGAAAAAAGGAGCCUGGAGAUUCAUAACAAUGGAGGAAUUGGAGACUGAGCAAGAAGAUGUAGUUAUUUUUCUUACUUACACUGCCAUUCUGUUAAGCAAUUCCAUACAAGAAGACUUCCCCCAUUAAGACUUAGUUGUCUUUGCUAAUAUGGUUUCAGCACUGACCAUUUUCCAGCAUGAAAUAAAAACUGUUUUCCAAUCUGUGCCAGCCAACAUGACAGCAGGUUUUACCAGGACAGCAGAUUUUAAGUGUGAUCCUAUACCAAGCAAGAAUUCUUCCGCAUCCCACUCCACACCCUUUUCUAUGUGUGUGUAUGUAUAUAUGUAUGUAUAUACACACACAGGUAGGUAGAUAGAUAGAUAGAUAGAUAGAUAGAUAGAUCACACUUGAAUAUAUAUACACAAGACUAAAGAAGAGUUACAAAUCCAACUCCAAGUAAUUUAGACUGAAUUGAAGCAAGACUUGAGUCCUUUGGAAGGAAGAGAAAAAGUCAUCUGGAAAAUAUACAGGCUCUUCUGUGCAGCUUUCUUAAUUGAUGAUCUCUUCUCUAUGAAUAGCAUGGAUUUUUCCUCGCUGUAUUUCUUAAACUCUUGCUGCUUGGCUAUCCACUACUGCAGUGUCUUUUCACAGGUGAAGAAAACCCUAACUCCAGUCUCAAAGAGUUACUCUUACCAAAUAAAUAAACCUCCAGGCCUAAUAAUACAAAGGAAACAUUAUUCAAAUUUGCAUAUGAAUACUAAUCUGAAAACUCUGGACCUUCUGGACCAAAUUGAAUCCUUCUGUAUAGAAAAACACCAAUCACACUAAUCGGUAGCAGUAUUUUCUUGCUGAUAUGGGAAUGCAAGUUAGUGAUAACUCCCCACAUUUAAGUCCACCUACAUGCAAAUGAGGUUUGAAAUGAUAAAAAAUUGGUAAAUGAGGUAUUCCCAUGCUUACACAAUGUCAAAUGCCUUGAUAUUCAUACAUGCAUCAUUCCAUAUGAAAAGACAACAUCUCGCUGGGCAUGUCUCCAUGAGACACUGACUGUGCAGUAGCCAAAUAAUACUGUGUAGUAACACAUCACAGCACUAAUAGUGCCAAUAUGCUACUGUGCAGUACUAUUAGGCUACUGUGCAGUAGUGUCACUUAAAAGAUGUUCAUUGGCACUACUGUGCA